UGUUAGUGCGGCGGCAUCUUUGUUCCAGAAAUCAUUCUCGGUCAACCGCACAUACACAGGCGGCGGGUGUGCCUAGCUGAGAAUGAAAAGGAAAGCGGCUCACCUUUCUCUUCCUUCCUACAACAACUCAUCCAAACAUAAAAGGAAGGCUUGAUGAGGAGAAGAACAAUUUACAACAUGACUAUAGAUCUCAAUUCCUCGUAGCUAAAGAGACAAGAUGACUCAAUUCUCUGCUCAUCAUCCAAACACAAAGAUGGUGUGGAGGAGCAUUCAUUCAAGCAUUUCACUAGUGCUGCUUUCUCUUCUAUGCUCAGCAUACGUUUGGAUUCAUCAGAGCGACUCUCAGAUCAGCACUCCUACCAACGAAAACAGCACAUGUAAGCUGCACUAUUCCCACUUUCAUUUGGUAUUCACCUUGCCGCCGUUAACGAUCCUUUACGUUCUGGCAAAACCAUUUUUGACACAACUGGACUACAGCAAAUUGAUCAUCUUACCAAUCAUUGCAUUCGUAUGGACUACACCCUGGGACAAUGAAUUGGUUCGAAAAGGAGCUUGGUGGUAUCCAAGAAGUUGCGUGUUAGCGAGGAUUGGCUAUGUUCCCGUAGAAGAGUAUGCAUUCUUUAUCCUGCAAUCUCUCAUCACUUCUUUGCUUACGAUCCUUAUCACUCGUUGGUCAACUCCACGAUCUUUUGACGGAAAGUACAGCUCAGCGUCUACACUUAUGUUAACCGCUGUGCCUAUCCUCGCAUUCUCUCUUGGGGUUGCAGGUUUAUUCGGCAAGCAAGGAAAUGGACAUCACUUCUACAUCAGUAUGAUUGCAUGGUGGGCAUCUGUGCCUCUUAUUUUGCUAUGGUACGGAACACGAAGAUCUUGGAUCGGAUUGCUAAGGAAUAAUCAGGCAAAACCAUGGCUGAUGUGUCUCUUCAUCCCAACGGCCUACCUCUGCUACGCAGACGUGUUUGCAUUACGACGAGGAACGUGGCAUAUAACAGAGGCAAAAUCUUUGGAACGGUUCUUGGUACCUGAUCUACCGAUCGAAGAAGCGACUUUCUUCUUUGUUACGAAUCUGAUUUUGGUCAGUGCUUGCUUUGCCUUUGAUAGAGUCGUUUGGCAAUGCCGAAAAGAUCAAUGCAAGAAUGCCGAGAGGGAGUUUGCACCCAUCUCGCCUACUUCCUUCCGACUUUCUUGGUCAGUCGUACCAACGAUUUGGUCAACCUUUUUGAAUCUUGAUAGUGAUCCAGAGCCAUCUAGAUCUCAGUCAGCGCAAGACCGUGCACUCUCCAUUUUACAAGUUGCAUCAAAGAGCUUUUACACAGCUUCCACCUUACUGCCGUGGGACCUGAGAAUUGAUUUGGGUUGCCUAUAUGCAUUUGCUAGAGCAAUGGACGAUUUCAUAGAUGUGGAGCAGGUGACGCAAGAUGAGAAGAUCUCACACGGAAAGCUGGAUUUACUCCGGAACCUGGUCAAUGUUGCUUUCGAUGGUAGUCAAGAUAUGACGGACGAAAAAGUAAGCAAGAAGAUUGACAAACUUUUGGAAAAGAAUGUAAGCCUCUUCCCGCAGCAUGACGUCGAAGGACAAAAGCAACUCGAGGAUAUCCGCACCAGUGCUCAAGCUGCCAGCACGCUCCGUGGUAUUGUCCCUGUUCAUCUGUGGGAAGAAUUACUCGACGGCUACACAACCGAUUGUCAUAAAGGUGGUCCACGGUUCACUACCUUUCGGCAAUUGGCCUGUUAUGCACAAGAUGUAGCAGGAUCAAUCGGUGAAAUGUGUGUAAGGGUUGUUCUGGCAAGAUCUGGAGUUCUAGUAGAUAAUGAAUACCGUACAGUACGAGACCUGGACGAGACAAGUUUGACGAGUGCAGCAACGCACAAAGUCACAACAGUCCCCACGCUCACUCUCUCAGCUAGAGCAACUGCUGAUACCAAAAAGAUGGAUGGCGCAACCGUGCUGAAAGUACUCCGAGAUGCUCGUAGGAUGGGCGUGAGCUUGCAAUUGAUCAACAUUGCCCGUGAUGUGGUGAAAGAUGCAAACGAGCUACAACGAUGCUAUCUAGUGAUAGAAGAUAAAAGAAAUGGUCGCAACACGUUGCGAGAUGAAUUAUUGCAAGUUUAUCAACAAGAAGAUGUCAAUCAAGUAUUGUUGGAACAAAUUUUCGAGAAAAAAAUGAACCUCGUUCGAUUCGCACGAGAGAUUUACCGUGUCAGCCUUCCUGCUGUCUCUUUCUUACCCGAUAUUCCUGCACAAACAGGCCUACGGGUCGCAUGUGCCGUCUAUCUCUCCAUAGGCAUGGCUAUUGAAAGGGAUGGCGUUGAGAAUUGUCAUAGUCGCAGCAAGGUGUCACCGUGGGAACGCAUGCUGAUCGCUUUCAAGGCAAUUUAUAUGUAAUUGUACAAAAAGAGAUAUCAUUGUUUAAAAUGUGUAAGAAUAUGAUACAAUUGCAAAAGAAAA